AUGGCUGAAGAUGAUACACCGGUCGUUGAAGUCCAGUACAACGAGAUGUUCAUCAACAAACCAUUUAUCUAUUUUGAUCCAGAUAAAAAGGAGAUAAUGUACGUCGAUUUCAGGGAGAAGGGGUAUGUUGAAUUCAUUGCUCACCUCAACAACGAAUGUGAUUACCAUGAAUUUCUUGAGUGUCUUCAUGAGAAAAAGAAAGUAACUGUGUAUGUGGACCAUAUGCAUGAACCCCUGUUUGAGUGGAUUGAAAUGGAAGAGCUUGAAGUUGAAGAUGAUACCAACUCCAACGCAGAUGAAGAUGUUGAUUCAAUGUUAAUAGAUAAAGAGUGUUGGGAACACGAGGUGGAUGAUGAGGAUUUUUCAAUAAAAAGGGCAACAUCAACUAUUCAGAAGAAAGAAAGAUUUUUGAACAAACUUUUCCCAAAUGUUGAAGAGGAAGAAGAUUCUAAUGUUGAGCAACUACCACCUGUAUACCAUGUGCACAAUUCUGAGCAACAAUGGGAUGAAAUGGCUCCUGUGUUAUGUAACAUCCUGUUUCGGGUCGUCAGUGGUUAG